AUGUCGUCCACGCAAUUCUCGUACUCGAGCGCGCGGCUGCGGCGCGUGAAGUACCUCCAGUUCGGUGUCUUUAGCCCCGAAGAGAUCCGCGCGAUGUCAGUGACGAAACAGACCAAAGUCAACGACCGCAUCAUCCCCGACGGCAUCUCGCGGCCCGAAACGUACUUAAACGGACACCCCGUGAUCGGCGGCAUUGGCGACCCGCGCAUGGGCACGUGCGACUUUCGCGCGCGCUGUAAAACCUGCGACUGUACGUACAGCGGCAGUGGGGGCAAAGUGAACGACUGUCCAGGCCACUUUGGCCACAUUGAGCUGGCCCGUCCCAUGUUCCACAUGGGCUUUAUGAAAGAAGUGCUCAAGAUCCUGCGGUCGGUGUGUUUCCAUUGCUCGAAAGUGCUGAGCGACGAGCGCGACCACCGCUUCCGGUCGGCGAUGAAGAUCAAGAACGGCAAGCGCCGGCUCAAGGCCGUGUACGAGUUUUGCAGCAACAAGAGCAUGUGCGAGUACGGCGAAGAAGCGGAUAUGGAGAAGAUGCGCGAGGAUUUGAACAUUGGUCUGCAAGGCGGACUGGACGACAAGUCCAAGCCAAAGGAAGGCGGGCAUGGCGGCUGUGGUGGUCUCCAGCCAAAGUACCGCAAACAAGGCAUCAAACUGAUGGUCGAGUUUCCCGAACAGAUGGAAGACGUGCCGGGGUCGGGAGACCGCAAGCAGAACUUGCCGGCCGCGAAAGUGAUGUCGAUCUUCAAGAACAUCUCGGACCAAGACUGCUAUGCACUCGGGCUGGACCCGCGCUGGGCUCGUCCAGACUGGCUCGUGAUGACUUUGAUGCCUGUGCCGCCUCCGCACGUUCGUCCGUCUGUAGCGAUAGACGGCAUGGCGCGCGGUGAGGAUGACCUGACACACAACUUGGCCUCGAUCGUGAAGGCGAAUUUGGCGUUGCUGAAUUGUGUACGGAAGGGCGAGCCAUCUCACAUUAUCGAGCAGUUUGAGCAGCUGCUGCAGUUCCACUUGGCGACCUUCUUGAACAACGAACAACCGGGCCUUCCGCAAGCUCAGCAGCGGUCCGGCAAACCGCUGAAGACGCUGCGACAACGCUUGCGUGGUAAAGAAGGACGUAUUCGAGGUAAUUUGAUGGGCAAGCGUGUCGAUUUCUCGGCGCGUACGGUCAUUACCGCUGACCCGAACAUUGCGAUCGACCAAGUGGGCGUUCCCCGGUCAAUUGCAAUGAAUUUGACUGUACCGGAGCGCGUGACGCCGUUCAACAUGAAUUACAUGCACCAACUGAUUGCUAACGGUCCGCUGGAACAUCCAGGAGCUAAAUACAUCAUUCGCGAGGACGGUAAUCGUAUCGAUUUGCGAUACAUAAAGAACAAGUCGGAUCUCGCACUGAAGUGCGGUUGGAUCGUCGAGCGUCACCUUCGUGACGACGAUCUCGUGCUGUUCAAUCGUCAGCCUUCUUUGCACAAAAUGUCGAUCAUGUCGCACCGCGUGAAGGUGUUUGACUGGUCGACGUUUCGUCUAAACCUCUCCGUGACGUCUCCGUACAAUGCCGAUUUCGACGGUGAUGAGAUGAACUUGCACGUGCCUCAGUCCAUGACUGCACGUGCUGACGCGCAAGAGCUGAUGAUGGUGCACAAAGUGAUCAUCACACCCCAGAGCAACCGCCCUGUCAUGGGUAUUGUGCAAGAUUCGUUGCUGGGUGCGCAAAAGUUUACGAAGCGAGAUAUAUUUGUGAGCAAGGAUUGGGUAAUGAACAUGCUAAUGUGGGUGUCCAACUGGGACGGCAAGGUGCCAACACCGGCCAUUCUGGUGCCGAAGAAGGGCGAGUUGGGCAAGUACACUCCCAUCUGGACUGGCAAGCAGCUCUUUUCUACGAUUAUUCCGGCGGUGAACUUCACGGGGUUUUCGUCCACACACAAAAGCAGCGAGAAGUUUUCAGAGCUGUCACCAAUUGAUUCUCGCGUGAUCAUUCAGCAGGGCGAGCUGUUAGCAGGCAUCAUUGACAAGAAGAUUAUCGGUUCAUCAGCAGGUGGUUUGAUUCACAUCACGAUGCUUGAGAAGGGCCCUGAAGAAACGAAGCGCCUGCUCGGUGCCAUUCAGCAGCUCGUGAACUGCUGGCUGGCCGGUCGUAGUUUCACUGUUGGUGUGAGCGACACGAUUGCUGAUGUGUCUACGCUCAAGACCAUCGUCGAUAUCAUUACGCAAGCCAAGGUGCAGGUGCACGAUUUGGUCGUGCGUGGUCAAAAGGGGAAACUAGAGACUCAGCCUGGUCGAACAAUGGUCGAGUCGUUUGAAGGUCUGGUGAACAUCGUGCUGAACACUGCCCGUGACCAGGCCGGUCGCGAAGCGCAAGGUAGUCUAGAUGAGACGAACAACAUUAAGGCUACGGUGACGUCUGGUUCGAAGGGUUCGUUCAUCAACAUUUCGCAGAUUAUUGCCUGUGUGGGCCAGCAGAAUGUCGAGGGAAAGCGUAUUCCGUAUGGGUUCAACCACCGCACGUUGCCGCACUACGGGAAAGACGACUUGGGACCUGAGAGUCGUGGCUUCGUGGAGAACUCGUACCUGAAGGGUUUGACACCACAGGAGUUCUUUUUCCACGCCAUGGGUGGUCGCGAAGGUUUGAUUGAUACUGCUGUGAAGACUGCCGAGACCGGCUACAUCCAGCGGCGACUCGUGAAGGCAAUGGAGUCGGUUAUGACGAGAUACGAUGGCACAGUCCGUAACGCACAAGGCGAGAUUAUCCAGUUUCUGUACGGCGAGGACGGUAUGGACGCCGUGUGGGUCGAGAAGCAGCGUUUUGAGUCGCACAAAUUGAACAAGGUGCAGUUUGAGAAGAAGUACGUGUUUGAUCCGUCCGACGAGUACCUGGGUUGCAUGCCAAAUUGUCCCGAUCAGCUGUACCUGGAGCCCGAUAUCAUCAAGGACAUCCGCACGAACCAGCGGACACAGCAACUGUUGAGAGAAGAGCAGGUGCAGCUGCAGAAAGACCGCGUGAACCUCCGUGUCAUUCUGGCAAGUCGCGGUCAGGGACAGGAGUCGGACAACGCCGCUCAGAUUCCUGUGAACAUCCGCCGUCUAGUCGAGAACGCGCAGCAGUUGUUCAGUAUUGACGUACGGAAGCCGUCUAGCCUUCACCCGUCGCGUAUCAUUGAGGGUGUGAAGGACUUGUGCAAGAAGAUCAUAGUCGUGCAGGGUGAGGAUCAGCUGAGUGUUGAGGCCCAGGAGAACGCAACGCUGUUUUUCCAGAUUUUGCUGCGAUCGACGCUGGCGUCAAAGUGCGUCACACUCGAGCACCACCUGACCGAGACGGCGUUCGAAUGGCUGAUGGGCGAGAUCGAAUCCAAGUUCACGAGCGCGUUGGUGUCCGCCGGAGAGAUGGCAGGUGUCGUUGGUGCGCAGUCUAUCGGAGAGCCUGCAACGCAAAUGACCCUGAACACGUUCCACUACGCCGGUGUGUCCGCCAAGAACGUGACGCUCGGUGUGCCUCGCUUGAAAGAGAUUAUGAACAUUGCAAAGGUCGUGCGGACGCCGUCGCUACGCAUUUUUCUGACACCAGACUGCGCACACGAUGCGGACAAAGCCAAGUUUAUUCAGUCGCAACUAGAAUACACGACCUUGGCGGACGUGACGGCCAACACUUCGAUCUACUACGACCCGGACCCGAUGAAUACGGUGGUCGAGGAGGACCAGGAGUUUGUGGCUUCGUAUUACGAGAUGCCUGACGAAGACACCCCGAUCGCUCGCUCCCCGUGGCUUUUGCGCAUCGAGUUGAACCCGAAGAUGAUGGCGGACAAGAAGUUGACGAUGAGUGAAAUUGCUUCUCAAGUUGAAGCGGAGUACGGCCAAGACCUGAUGUGCAUCUUUACUGACGACAACGCUGAUCGCUUGGUGCUGCGCAUUCGCAUUAUGAGUGACGAAGAGGAGAAGCUACAACGGUCAGGCGAGACGGCAGUCGGACAGGAAGACGACACGUUUUUGAAGCGUGUAGAGCACAAUAUGCUGACGCAGAUGAAGUUGCGCGGCAUUGAGGGUGUGAAGAAGGUGUACAUUCGCGAAGGUCCGUCGACGCACUGGUUUGACGACGUCGGGUUCAAGAUGAUGAACGAGUGGAUGCUCGACACGGAUGGUACAAAUCUUCUCGAUGUAAUGUGUUACCCACAAGUGGACUCGACGCGGACGAUAUCGAAUGACAUUGUAGAAAUCAUCCAGGUGCUGGGCAUCGAGGCUGUUCGCCGAGCACUGUUGAACGAGAUUCGGCAAGUGAUUUCCUUCGAUGGCGCGUACGUCAACUACCGGCAUUUGGCUUGUCUGUGUGAUGUGAUGACUUUCCGUGGUCACCUCAUGGCCAUUACCCGUCAUGGUAUCAACCGCGAUGACUCGGGUCCGCUCGUCCGCUGUUCGUUUGAGGAGACGGUGGAAAUCCUGAUGGAUGCCGCAAUGUUUUCGGAGGGAGACCCGCUGACGGGUGUAUCGGAGAAUGUGAUGCUCGGACAGCUGGCGCCGCUCGGUACGGGUAUCAUGGAUUUGGUGCUCGAUGCGAAGAAGCUUGCGAACGCGAUCGAGUACGAGGCAUCGGAGAUCCAGCAGGUGAUGCAGGGUCUGGACAACGAAUGGAGAAGCCCCGACCAGGGCCCGGGCACACCCAUGGCGACCCCGUUCGCAUCGACGCCCGGUUUCUCAGCGUCGUCUCCAUUCAGCCCCGGUGGUGGAUCGUUUUCACCAGCAGCUGGUGCGUUUUCGCCCAUGGCAAGCCCAGCGUCUCCUGGCUUUAUGGUGGGCUCACCAGCACACAGUCCUGCGUCCCCGCUGAACCCGGCGUCUCCUGCUUACAGCCCGAUGUCUCCGGCUUACAGCCCAACGUCUCCAGCGUAUAGUCCGACCAGUCCAGCGUACAGCCCGACAUCGCCGGCGUACUCGCCGACGUCCCCGGCGUACAGUCCGACAUCACCAGCGUAUUCCCCGACAUCGCCGGCGUAUAGUCCGACAUCACCAGCCUACAGUCCGACGUCCCCGGCAUACAGUCCGACGUCCCCAGCGUACAGUCCGACGUCGCCUGCAUACAGCCCGACGUCCCCAGCGUACAGCCCGACGUCGCCCGCGUACUCGCCGACGUCGCCUGCGUACAGCCCGACGUCGCCAGCGUACAGCCCGACUUCACCGGCGUACAGCCCGACGUCGCCUGCGUACAGUCCGACCAGUCCAGCUUACAGCCCGACCUCCCCGGCUUACACUCCGGCGUAUUCGCCGACAUCGCCAGCGUACAGCCCCACGUCACCGGCCUACUCGCCGACGUCCCCGGCGUACUCGCCGACGUCGCCCGCGUACUCGCCGACAUCGCCCGCGUACUCGCCGACAUCGCCCGCGUACUCGCCGACAUCGCCCGCGUACAGUCCGACAUCGCCGGCGUACUCGCCGACGUCUCCCGCGUACAGUCCGACGUCGCCGAGCUACAGUCCCGCGUCUCCAGAGUACAAUCCGAUGGAAGGCUACAACCCGACCGCAAGUGGCUACAGCCCGACCGAUGGUGACGAGAAGAGGGACGGAGACGACGCGUAG